CUCCUCUUCUAAAUCCAACUCACCCCUUUCUCUUCUCCCACGAAACAACGGCGCUUUCUCUCUCUCUCUACAUGGUUUGUGGUUUAGCAUUGGAAAAUAGACAAAGGGUAUUGCUCAAAAGGUUAAGAUUCUCUGCAUAGAGCCUCAACACAACAACACUUCAUUUUUUUCUUCACCCUGCUUCUGCUGUGGCCUGGAGACUGCGGUUUUUUUCCUUCUUCUUGCUUUUGCUUUGCUUUGGUUUGUUAUGAGCACUGGUCUUCAGGAGGGGCCUUUUUCUCAAAAGGGUCGUUCGCACCCAGCACCUUGUGCUACAGUGGAGAUGUUUUUUAUUUAACUUAUAUGUUGGGAUUUGGUGGCUCCUUCAAGUGGGUUCCUUUAUUUGGUCUUCCCAAUGGUGGAGGUGGGUGCACUUGUUCAUUCAACGUGUAUAAAGUGAUUAACUUUGGUGGUGGAGCGUUUUGAUUUGAUGCUGAACAUAGUACAGGAGAUUUGGUUAAUGUGUUAUUAGCGGGGCAUCUUUAACAAGGCUUUGCUGUUUCCAGGGUAAGGUUAAGAUCUGAUGAAGGUGGAAAUUCUGAUUGCAUUUAGGGGCUGUAAUUCUUCAGGGCAAGACAGUUGAGAGGGAGGAGGUUGGCCUAUUAAUUUAUAUCCUUAGAUGGAUUGAGGAAGCAGCUACACAUUAUUGGAUCAAUGUUAAAAGCAGUGGCUUCUGGGUUGUUGAUUGCCUCCAUCUUCACAUGUGUAUCUGCAACAGAUAAUGGAUUUCCUAGAUGUAACUGUGAUGAUGAGGCCAGCUUGUGGACUAUUGAGAGCAUUCUCGAGUGUCAAAGAAUUGGAGAUUUCUUGAUUGCUGUGGCCUACUUCUCCAUCCCUAUUGAGCUGCUUUAUUUCAUUAGUUGCUCAAACGUCCCAUUCAAAUGGGUCCUUAUCCAGUUCAUUGCUUUCAUUGUACUAUGUGGAUUGACACAUUUGCUGAAUGGGUGGACCUAUGGCCCUCAUACUUUCCAACUUAUGGUGGCGCUUACUGUCGCUAAAAUUCUCACUGCAUUGGUGUCAUGUGCCACUGCCAUAACCCUCAUCACUCUGAUUCCUUUGCUUCUCAAAGUGAAGGUCAGGGAGUUCAUGUUGAAGAAAAAGACAUGGGAUCUUGGACGCGAGGUUGAUAAUAUUAUGAGACAAAGGGAGGCUGCAAUGCAUGUAAGAAUGCUUACUCAGGAGAUACGCAAGUCACUUGAUAGACAUACGGUUCUGUACACCACAUUGGUGGAGCUGUCUAAAACGCUUGGCUUGCAAAAUUGUGCUGUGUGGAUGCCUAAUGUUGAUAAAACUGAGAUGAACCUCACCCAUGAAUUGAAUGGGAGGAAUUUUAAUUUGUCUAUACCCAUUAGUGAUCCAGAUGUUGUGAGAAUUAAGGGAAGCGAUGGUGUGAAUAUACUAAGCUCCGACUCAGCACUUGCGGUUGGGAGUAGUGGAGUUUCUGGAGAGCCAGGACCGGUUGCAGCAAUCCGAAUGCCAAUGCUACGGGUUUGUAAUUUCAAAGGAGGAACACCUGAGCUAAGACAGACUUGUUAUGCAAUAUUGGUCCUAAUUCUUCCUGCUGGAGAGACUAGAUCUUGGAGCAAUCAGGAGCUGGAGAUAAUUAAGGUGGUUGCUGAUCAGGUAGCAGUGGCUCUAUCUCAUGCUGCAAUUCUUGAAGAGUCCCAACUUAUGAGAGAGAAGUUGGAGGAGCAAAAUCGAGCUUUGCAAUUGGCGAGAAAGAAUGCUUUGAUGGCAAGCCAGGCAAGAAAUGCAUUUCAGAAAGUCAUGAGUGAUGGAAUGAGGAGGCCAAUGCACUCAAUUUUGGGAUUGCUUUCAAUGAUACAAGAUGAUAAUUUAAAGAAUGAACAAAAACUUAUUGUGGAUGCAAUGCUAAGAACCAGCAACGUCCUAUCAAACUUGAUAAAUGAUGCCAUGGACAACUCUGCAAAGGACGACGGAAGAUUUCCUUUGGAGAUAAGGUCUUUUGGGUUACAUUCCUUGCUGAAGGAAGCGGCUUGCCUUUCCAAGUGCAUGUGUGUUUAUAGGGGCUUUGGUUUUAUGGUUGAGGUUGAGAAGUCUUUGCCUGACAAUGUUAUGGGUGAUGAGAGGAGGGUUUUUCAGGUGAUUUUACAUAUGGUUGGGAACCUACUGGAACACAACCAUGGGGGAGGGAUCCUUGUAUUUCGGGUUUUUGCUGAAACUGGAAGUCAAGGAAGGAGUGACAAAGGGUGGACAACCUGGAGACCAAGCUCAUCUAGUGGUGAUGUAAAUAUUAGAUUUGAGAUAGGGAUCAACAGUAGUGAUUCUGAAGUUGGAAGCUCAGUUUCUUCAGGACUUGGUGGUAGGAAAUAUAACAGUGAUAGGGUUGCGGGCAGAUUGAGCUUCAGCAUUUGCAAGAAGGUAGUCCAGUUGAUGCAGGGGAACAUAUGGUUGGUUCCUUGCACUCAUGGUUAUCCUCAAAGCAUGACACUUCUUCUGCGGUUUCAACUACGACCAUCCAUUACCAUUGCCAUCUCUGAACCUGGAGAAUCUUCUGAGCGUACAAAUUCCAAUUCAAUGCUGAGUGGUCGGCAAGUUCUUUUAGUGGACAAUGAUGAUGUAAAUAGAGCAGUGACCCAAAGAUUGCUUCAGAAACUAGGCUGUGUUGUAACUGCAGUUUCUUCAGCAUUUGAAUGCCUUACUGUGAUUGGACCUGCUGGAUCUUCUGUUGAAGUCAUUCUUUUAGAUCUUCACAUGCCUGAUUUAGAUGGCUUUGAAGUUGCCACAAGGAUUCGAAAGUUUAGAAGUGCAAACCGGCCUAUUAUUGUUGCCUUGACUGCAAGUGCAGGAGAAGAUUUGUGGGACAGAUGCAUGCAAGUUGGUAUCAAUGGAGUUAUCCGCAAACCAGUUUUGUUGCAAGGAAUUGCUAGUGAACUCAGAAGAAUCCUGAUGCAGGGAAAUAAUGUCCUGUGAGAAUAGAGGGUGCAAGUUGUAACACUUCAGCAUCAAGUAUUUAAGUUAUUUUAAGUCACAUUCUUGGUAGAAUUAGAACACAGCACUCUUUGGCUCCCACUUGCUAGCAAUUUUCAGCUUUAGAGAUGUUAUUAUACACACGAUUUUCAUAAGAAAAAAAAUGGUAUACAGAUUAGUUCCUUUUCAAUGUUA